AAGGAAGGAAGCCGACACCCCACCCCAACGACUCCUCCCACCCACGCGCAAACAAACGAGCCCCGAAGCCCUCCGCGAACCAAUCCCCGCUCGUCGCCGGCGGCGCGAUGAUGAUGCUGGUCAACUGCUCCGGCUGCCGCACGCCGCUGCAGCUGCCGCACGGGGCGCCCUGCAUCCGCUGCGCCAUCUGCGGCGCCGUCACCCACGUCGCAGCGCCCCCCGCGGCCGCGCCGUCCCCCGACCCUGCCCGCGGCGCGGUGGCGCCGUCCUGGGGCCCGCCACCCCCGGCAGCGCAUGGGCGCAAGCGCGCGGUGAUCUGCGGGAUCUCGUACAGGUUCUCGCGGCACGAGCUCAAGGGCUGCAUCAACGACGCCAAGUGCAUGCGCCACCUCCUCACCACGCGGUUCAGCUUCCCCGACGACUCCAUCAUCAUGCUCACCGAAGAACAAACAGACCCUUACAAAAUUCCAACAAAGCAUAACAUAAGGAUGGCCAUGUACUGGCUUUUACAAGGUAGUCAACCUGGAGAUUCAUUGGUGUUCCAUUAUUCUGGCCAUGGGGCACAGCAAAGAAGCUACAGUGGGGAUGAAGUUGAUGGGAUGGAUGAAACUCUCUGCCCAUUGGAUUUUGAGACACAGGGAAUGAUUGUGGAUGAUGAAAUAAAUGCAGCGCUUGUUAGGCCACUUCCUCACGGAGCAAAACUUCAUGCGCUCAUUGAUGCUUGUCACAGUGGGACUGCACUUGAUUUGCCUUUCCUCUGCAGAAUGAACAGGAGUGGGCAAUAUAUAUGGGAAGAUCACAGGCCACGAUCUGGUGUCUGGAAAGGGACUAGUGGCGGGGAAGCUAUUUCAUUUAGCGGUUGUGAUGAUAAUCAGACAUCAGCAGAUACUUCAGCAUUGUCAAAGAUCACUUCAACUGGUGCAAUGACAUUUUGCUUCAUCCAAGCUAUUGAACGUGGGCAAGGCACCACCUACGGGAGUAUCCUGAAUUCCAUGCGUGCGACAAUACGGAACACAGGAGGUGGAGGCGAUUCAUUGGCUGGAGGUGGUGCUGUUACAUCGCUCAUUUCAAUGCUUCUCACAGGAGGGAGCGCUAGUACGGGCGGCUUGAGACAGGAGCCACAGCUUACUGCAUGUGAUACAUUUGAUGUGUAUGCGAAGCCCUUCUCACUAUGAUAUGAUACAUUCUCCGGCUGUGUUCUAUGAGUCUAUCACGAGUCCUGGCUUAAACUAUCAUGUAUAGUCCAGUGUCGAAAUGGCUCCUCUAUAUAUAGAGCUAACUUAGUCUAUCAUUUCAUGCUCAUAUUAAAACUGCAGAGUUUGGCCCCUUUGAAUUGUUUCUGAUUUGAGGGAAUGCACCCAUACCACAUAAUGAUAGUAUAAAGUGCAGGGCUUGAGGAGAUUUCAGGUUAAUUUGCAGUUCAUUCCUCUUA